CCAUAAGUGGGGACUCACGCACUGUCGAUUGUCAUCUCGCACUCGCAUUUAUAUGCAGCGGUAUGCUGCCGGUGCAGUUCCGGAAGUUUUGCGAGUUUAGCUCGCUGCCCUACUCUCCGAGGGCCCUGGAAAGGGCCACAAUCAAGGUCAAAGCGGCAGUGGGCCUCUUGCGGAUAGAAUCCUUGACUGCCGCCCAGCAAGAAGAGUGCCGAGCAAGCGAGCCCCCAUGUGCCUCUCCCAUGAUGAGCAUUGAGACGGACGCACGGCAUGCCUGCCGUAAAAACUCGUACCAUACAGAUGUCAUUGCCCUAGGCCAGGAGACACACAAGAUCGUAGGAAUUGUGCAUGUCACCAAGGAUGAUGAAAUCUCGUCGCAGAAGCAUGAAGUCGUGGGUACGAAGAAGUUGUACGAGUAUUUUGAUUCAAAAGGAAUCGAACUGCAAGACCACGCCCAUGACAGGAACACCUCCGUCAACAAGAUCAUCCGAGAGAGGAGUGGAAAUACAACGAACACGAACGACCGCUGGCACGCAGCAAAAAGUAUAAAAAAGGGCAUGAUGACCAUAGCCUCGGGACCAAGAAAAAAUGAAGGAAAAACGUGGCAUCAGCAACUCUCAGACAAAUGCCAGCCAGUACGCAACCAUGUGUACUUCGCGAUGGCCACCUGUGGCGGUGAUGCUGACACCCUACGGGCAACACUGCUGAACUGCGUCAAUCAUUUUUCCGGUGACCAUCGGUGUUGUGCUUCGGAAUCACAAUGCAAGGAGGUUGGGCACGUUCCGAGUACGCUGCUCGUUAAAGAUCCCAUAGCUCUCGAUCUCUUGACAAAUUUUAUCAAGUCGACGACAGUCUACAAGCACGCACAUGAUUUUGUGAGGUCGAAGGACACUUUCUACAUCGAAUCCUUCAAUAACACGGUACUCAUGUACCUGGACAAACGCAUCCACUACCAGAACAAGACAUAUAACCUAAGACAGAGCCUCGCUGUGCUCGAUUGGAACGAGCACGUCGGACGAACGAGCACGUCGGCAUACCGCAUGGAGGAUUGCCAGCACCCGGACAGGCAGGGUGGGAAGAAAAACUACUGCAAAAAAAGUUACAGAUUCGUGAAAAGCAUUUGUGACCUAAUCUGCCAAGCCGCGUCCAAGGACAACACGGACUCCUCGGCAAGUGGUUCUCUCAUGGAAGACGACGAUGAAUAAAAGGCAGCACGAAUGGAUCACUGCAUGCACUCCUGGCGCCAACGAGUGCCCAAUCAACGGUCCUGCGACGUCCAGUGCUCAACCACGCAUCACCACCCGACCUGUUUCAAAAAUAAAUGCUUUCCCG